GUGGAGAAAGGAAGGGACGACGGCGAAAGUAAUUCGCAAGGCGAUCCACGUACUCGUAGAUGAAAGGAAAGAAGGACCGGACACACGACGCUCACGCUGCCUCAUAUGCAGGUGGAGAGCGCGUGGAUGAAGAUAGGCUAGCUAGGGGCUCAGCGCUCAUCCUCAAAGUCUUCGUCCUGGUCACCAAGCACGAUGUGUUUGGUGCGUCCCGGAAUUGGCGGACCUUGCUCGUCUAAAGGCACAUACUGACCCCGUUCCACGAGGCCAAUAUCCUUCGGACGUUCGCUAGGGUGAACUAGUUGGCAGCGGUAUGAAAUGGCAAAUUUUGUCGAUAGAAAGCAAAGGAGAGCCUGAACGACGAGUGCAAGCGAUUGUAUCGCAAUCGAACCUGUAUAGUCCCCAAAACAUCUUACCUCUCUCGGUGGGCAGGUAUCGCCGAUGAUCCAAACGACUAGUAGCCGUACAGCGCUGACGACAACAACGAUGCCCUUGACGAAGAUGGAUGACUUCGUGUA